AUGAGUACAGCAGAUCCCUUUGAAGUGCGAAUGCGCUUCACAAGCCAACUCCAACACCUCAACGCGAGCACAUCCUCCGCAACAAAAGCCGCCAACUACGCCCUCCGCUUCGGCGAAUUCAGCGACGACCUCCAUUCCUGCAUUCUCGAGCAGCUCGAACGAAACAACAUGAACAAUCGCGCCAACAUAAUGUAUUUCCUCCCUGCCCUCUGCGACACCGCCAAGAAUCAAAAUGAUUUGACCUACGUGCGCAUGAUGGAGCGAGACAUCCUCCGCAUCGUGGAUCUCGUAGCGCCGGACGAUGGCUCCGGAGCGGCAAAUGUGAAGGUGGUGAGGAAAGUCUUGGGCGUGCUGGAGGGCAAAGGAUUUCUCAUGGGACAGACUGUGAAGGAAUUGGAAGAGUGUAUUGCCGGGAGGGACAGCGUGCCCGGGGCGCCUUCAUCGCCCGUGAAGAGUCUGGGAGCUGCUGGGGUCGAGGAUGCCACGACACAUGCGGUGAGAUCGACGCCGCUUUCCGUCUCGAAUGCGAGGGAUCAUGCGGGUGCUGGGGGAUACUAUAAUCCUGGGAUAAGGUUGGAUAAGAGACAGAUUGAACAGCGGAUUGAAGAGGAUCGGGAGCGGCAUAAAAGGGCUCGGGAGGGGAUAUGGGCGAUCCCACAGUCGGAGGGAGCGGCCAAUCUGGCUGUGGAUGAGGAAUUCGGGAGGAUAUGGGAAGAUGGGAGUGAUGUUGAUGAGGAUGAUUAUCGGAUGGCGAGGGAAGAGGCGGAGGAGAGGAGAAGGCAUUUGGAAUAUGAUGAUUAUUGA